AUGGCCGAGGCCGCUUUAGGUCUCAGUGUUGCCGCUAACAUCAUCCAGGUUGUGGACUUUGGUACCAAGUUUAUCAGUCUCGCUUGGAAGAUCUGGCAAUCUGGAAAUGGGACUGUUAGUGAGCUUAACAACCUACGGCUAGUUUCAAAAAGUCUCCAGGCAACCCUGCAACAAACAGAAAUAGGCGAAACCUCACCUCUAAUCCCAAUCGAGGAUGCGACGAAUGGUAGGACCUUUGCGCUUGCCGAGGAAUGCUAUAAAACUGCCCAGAAAGUCAUAGACUCCAUUGAAGGACUUAAAAUCCCCGAAGGAGAUCGGACAGAAUGGACUAAGCGCAAAGCCAUCGUAGCCGCCUUCAAAGUAAUCUGGAGGAAGGAAGAAAUUACGGCUUUGGAAGCUCAACUUUCUAGGUGCAGGGAUCAAAUUGUGUUAGAUCUGGCAGUUUCUUUGAGGGCUUGUGUUACGAAGUCAGUAGACAUGCAAGAAUCGAUUUUAAAGGAGCUCAUGGAGUCCCGUUGCAAAACCGAAACGCUCAAAAUUGCGAUAGACGACUUAUCAAGGGGUCGGAGUGGCCCCGCGCUACCAUUAGUUGACCAGACGCUAAGCCAUGAAAACGGCCUGGGCUCAACGUUGAUUAAUUAUCUUACGACAGAAACUACGCUAAUUGACUGUGUCACGAAAGAGGUUGAUGCUUCCGAGUACAAGGAAUUAGGACGCAAACUUCGUAGUGAUCUUCUCAAAGUUGUGUACAACUCCGCUAAGUCGCUGCUCACCACCGAAGCGCCCGUUUUCGAAAUUGAUGAACUUCGGAAAUCAUACCUUGAAAAGAAGUAUCUUCUAAAGCUCGAUUAUGAUGGUAUGCAUGAUCGUGUUUUCACGGUCCCUGAUGCCCAUAGAUUGACAUUCCGUUGGAUAUUUGAGGAGGAAAAAGGUCAACAGCAACUUUGGGCUAACUUUCCUCACUGGCUGGAGUCAGAUCAGCAGUUCUAUUGGAUUACGGGUAAAGCCGGAUCUGGCAUAUCAACUCUGAUGAAAUUCAUUACGCAACCCACGGUAUCCGGUGAAGCUACCUCUUCGGGCCGCAUGGAACUUCGCUGUACGGAGCAUCUGCUCAAGUGGGCCAAAGAGAGGCCUUUAUUGGUUGCUUCAUUCUAUUUUUGGGGUUCUGGCACAAAUAUGCAAUCAUCCAAAGAGGGCCUCUACCGUACUCUCCUCAGCCAAAUUAUCCAAGCUUACCCAGAAGUCAUACCACAUAUUUCCCCCAAACGAUGGGAGGCUCUUUGUCUCUACAAUGAAGACCCGAAACCUUUUAGCGAAUCUGAACUCCGAAGGAUCCUACUCAAAACAAUUACAUUCAUAGCCUCCACCAGGAGGCUCUGCCUAUUUAUUGAUGGACUUGAUGAAUUCGACGGCGAGCACGCUGAUUUAAUUGACUUCGUUAAGGGAAUUACGAAAGAACCAUCAGUAAAGGUUUGUGUGGCGAGCCGACCUUGGACGGUUUUUGAAGACGCCUUGGAAAACAAACCAAGUCUCUUCCUCGAGGAUCUCACAUUUAACGACAUAAAAAGAUACGUCAUGUCUCGAUUCGGGACCGACCAGGAUUUCGUCUCUCUCCAAGGGCGUGAGAUGCAAGAAAUAUCAGAUCUGAUUGACAAUUUCGUAAAAAAAGCUUCUGGCGUAUUCCUUUGGGUUAACCUCGUUGUCACAUCACUUCUCGAAGGUAUUAGGUACGGAGAUAGGGUUUCAGAUUUACAACGGCGUCUCGAUGACCUCCCUACCGACCUUGAAGAUUUGUACGACAAGAUACUUUACGGGCUUGAUCCGUUCUACCUGGAACAUACAGCUCAGUAUUUCUAUAUAAUGCUAGCUUGUGUAGAGACACCAGCGGCGUUGUUGCUAUCUUACGCUGAUGAAGAUGACCCCGAGUUUGCUCUCAAGCUACCUACUUCCCAUCUACCCAACGGAGAUAUGCAGAGUCGGGUGAAAACCAUGAGAAGGCGGCUCAACUCUCGCUGUAAGGGACUUAUUGGAAUACCGAAAUUGGAAGAAGGUCGCCUUCUUGCUCUACAAGUCCAUUUUACGUAUGAUGAAAUAUUCGCACGUCUCGAAAAGAUAAAAGUCCAGUACCUACACCAAACUGUCAAAGACUAUCUAAAAAGGCCCCACGUACAGGAGAAGCUCUUAAGUAUGGUUAAAACGCCAUUCGACCCCUAUUUGAAGUUGUGUUCUGGGACUUUGGCUAUGUGGAAAACAUAUCAUUACAAAUUAGGGCCUGAGAAGCUUCUCGAGUGCAUGCAAUAUGCAUCGAAGGUAUCACAAGAAAAUGUCUCUAGCAUGGUUCAGAUUCUAGAUGAACUAGAAAAGAUAGCCGUACUAGAUCGAAACUCGACGAUUUCCCCCACCUUUGACCACUUACUCAAAAUACGACCUAGAGAGCCAAAACGAACCGAAUGUUUCGGUGACUGCUUCCUUUCUCUUGCAGUCAAAUGCGAUGUGAUUGAAUAUGUCAAAAGAAAGACGUCGCAUGGUUGCUUAGUGCGGCCUGGUUCGGAGCCUCGUGGAAUCAAAUGCGUUAUCAAUGGUAAUAAGACUCCCAGAAACCGUAUAAAAUUCUGGGAGAAAAAUAAUCGGAGAGUUACGACAAUUGAUGAUACUACGGGAUGGUCUCUUCUGCUAGAUGCCACUUGCUCUGAGCUUGCAAACCCGUCAAUGAUUGCCACUCUUAUGCGAAACGGUGCUGACCCCAAUAUCGACGUGGUCUUUCGCGGCGGCGACGAAAUAAGCACUGUAUGGAUAGAAACGUUAGUAUCUGCAGUAAUCUACUGUACUUGCCGUGAAGACGCUUUCAAAACUUGGGCCAACGUUCUGCAAACCAUGAUAGCGCAUGGAGCAAGCACAAAGACGACAACCAUGAAACAGGCCAAAGUUCGAUUACAAAAAGAAGUACCUAAAUAUAGCAGAACCGUAAUCAACGAUCUGGAUAUUAGGGUUGAUCUCCUCCAGAGAAAAUUCCAAUCGAUGAAGCUUAAACCGGGGGAUCCCCUCUCCAGGCUCGAGUCAACUGAUUUAUCCUGGCCGAACAAUCCUACACGUUCAUCAACUAAUACUUCACUUGCAUGAUAGGAAUAGGAACAUAUUUCGUGGAGUGCUACUUGCCCUCUAGCUUUGUAUGAUCGAUAUCGUCUCUUAU